AAGCGCGAGCCGAAGGGGCGCAAGUAGAGAGAAGUGGAAGUUUUUUGCGUGGCGUUUUCUGGACGCGGGUAAAAAUGCCGCUGGAAAUCUACCUGGAUCUGCUCUCCCAGCCAUGCCGCUCUGUCUAUAUUUUUGCGAAGAAGAACAAUAUCCCGUUUGAAUUCAAGAAGAUUCUGCUGUUUAAAGGGGAACAAUAUGGAGAAGAAUUCGGGAAGGUUAACUAUUUCAGGAAAGUGCCCGUCAUUAAAGACGGAGACUUUACUUUGUCAGAAAGCAUUGCCAUCUUAACUUAUCUGGCGGAAAAGUACGGGACCCCAGACCAUUGGUACCCAGCAGACCUGCAGACCCGGGCUCGAGUUGAUGAGUAUCUGUCAUGGCAGCACAGUGGAAUGCGCAAACAUGCCGCCAAGAUCUUAUGGCUUAAGCUGAUGAUUCCCAAGGCAUUUGGAAUAGAUGUUCCUAAGGAAAAGAUGGAUUCUGCAAUGGAGGACCUGGAAGAAACACUCACAGCCUUCGAAGAAAAGUUCCUGCAGGACAAGCCAUUUAUUGCUGGGCAGAAGAUCUCACUGGCAGACUUGGUGGCCAUUGUGGAAAUCAUGCAGCCACUGGGCGCAGGUGUGAACGUGUUCGAGGUCAGACCGAAACUGAGAGCCUGGAAGGACCGAGUUCGGGCAGAGAUCGGGCCGGUUCUGUUCGACGAAGCCCACCAGAUGAUCUUUAACGUAGAGGAGGUGGCAAAGACGAUCGACCCCAGUGCGAAGGAAAUAUUCAAGCCCAAGAUCAUAAAGUUAUUCCUUUGAGUCCUUUGCUAGGUUCUUGUGCAGUCUGCUGUACUGAUCUAUCUCUCACAACCAAAUACCGUUUGUGUUUAUGCAUCAACAUGCAACGGUGCUAAGACUUAUGCCAAAAUUUAAUUUGAUUACUUAAUACUUUGUAUCAGAAUCAGAAUAGAGUUUAUUGCCAAGUAUGUUCACACAUACAAGGAAUUUGCUUUGGUGGUUGGUGCCAGACAUUGGGAGAUAAAGGUGGGUUUAUUUAUAAAUAUAUAUAUAUAUAUAUAUACACACAUGCAUAUAGGGGGAUAUACAGGUACUAAUAUAAAUAGAUAGAAUGUGAAGUAUGAUAUAGCAGUGGAACUGAGAGAAAUCUAUACACAUUUAAGAGAGUGCAAGGUUAUACUAGAAUGAGGAAAUAGUAUUUGAGCGUGAGGUGGUCAUAUAUCUAUCCUGUCUUUCAGUCAUAAAGCUCUGAAAGGUUAGUGAGCUUAGCCUAAGAGAUGCCAUUUUGGAUGGUAAGUUUAGGGGCCUUCGAUGUAACUGUAGUUUUAUCGUCUUUAGCCCUAGAAAUCCAGUUUAGAUUUUUGUUUGAGCGUGCAUCUAUUUCUUUAUAUAUAUAUAUAUAUAUAUAUAUAUAUAUAUAUAUAUAUAUAUAUAUAUAUAUAUAUAUAAAACUUUUUUAAUGAAAGGGUCAAGGACAUAGAACAAGAUGUAAUCAAAGUGUUGGAAAGGAGAGAGAAGAGAAGGAAAGGGAAAGAAACUCAAAAAAGCAAGCAAGCAAAAAAAAUAAAAUAAACAAUAGUACUAUCACAGAACCAUUAAGUGAUAUCAUCCGGUGAAUAUACACUGAAAUACAAAUAAAAGAAUAAAAAAACAAAUGUAAAACAAUAAAAAUAAACAACAAAUACAGAAGAGA